UUGAACUGAACUGAGUUAUGACUUAUGAGUCGACUGCAGUAGAUUUAAGGUUGGAAAUAAGGACUAAAUGACAGAAUUUGAGCUGUGUCAUAUAUUUAUAGGAUAAUAAUGGAAGUGAAAUUUAUUUUUGGCGAGGUUAGGUAUUUAUAAUUAUAGUUAUGGGUCAGAAAUGAAAGAAGAAACAGAGAGAAUACCUUUAAGAACUAUACUCUCAAAUUUUCUAAACCAUAUAGAUACACUUGAAAACCAACGAACACCUGAUAAUACAUAUGAAUCUGAGUUCCAGGAAUUGAAGUUGUUCAGCGAAUCUAUUAAAGGCACAAAACAGUAUUCUUGUUCGGAGGGAGAAAAGGAAGUCAAUCGGAAGAAAAACCGCUACAAAGAUAUUCUGCCAUUUGAUGUGAGCAGAGUGGUACUCAACGAGUAUGCUGGGGUGCCGGGCAGUGACUACAUCAAUGCCAACUACAUCAGAGGGGCCAGUGGGUCUCCAGCAUACAUCGCUAGUCAAGGCCCUCUGCCCCACACAGUCAAUGACUUCUGGAGGAUGGUGGUGCAGUGCGAGGUGCAAGUCAUUGUCAUGGCUUGCAAUGAAGAGGAGGCAGGGAAGCAUAAAUGUGAGAACUACUGGGUGGAAGGAGAGGGGGAAGAGAAGCAGUUCGGAAUGGUCUCUCUGCGUCUUAUCAAAGCCAGUACAGUCUGUCCGGACUUCUCAGUGCGCACCAUGCGGCUCAAGUACACCAACACACAGUCCAACACAGAGGAGAGGACAGUGUGUCAGUUCCACUACUCUGCGUGGCCAGAUCACGGUGUACCACCUCUUGUCAGACCUCUGUUGGACAUGGUCCGGCUGGUCAGAGAUACCCAGGCUUCUGAGACUUUACCUGUGCUCAUCCACUGUUCUGCUGGCUGUGGCAGGACUGGUACUAUCUGUGCCAUCGACUAUGUGUGGGGUCUCCUCAGAGCCGGGAAAUUAACGAAGGAUUUCAGCCUACUCUCGUUGGUGAGGGAAAUGCGAAGACAGCGCAUAGCCAUGGUUCAGACCAAGGAACAGUAUGUGCUCGUACACCAAGCGGUCAGAGAGCUGUUCCGAGAGCAACUGCGUAUGAUCGACUCACACCCGUACGAGAACAUUGAUUGCAACGGUCUGCCUCUCAUCGAGUGUCCAAGCCCUGAACCUACCUAUGACAGUAUAAUACCAUUCCAGAAUAAUAAGGCAGAAGAAAAACAAGAUGAAAAAGAGAAGGAACAAGCACCUCCUUUGCCGCAAAAGAAACGGUUCCAGACUCUGUCAUCCAAGCAGGCAAAGGAGGUAGAGAAUCUGAGCGAGCGACAGAGGCUGGCAGAACGAGCUGGCUGUAGCGGUGAAAAUGUGGCAUCACCCCGCAUAGCUACGCUGCGCAGCCUGUUUGAGCGACAGCACACCACACGAGACUCUCGUCAGGUGGCGCGUAGUCACUCGCUUGGCUCUGUCCGGCCACCUGCACAGCCCAAUCCUGUGGUCCAGAAACCCAUCCCUAACCGUGGGAUCCUGCGAGUGCCCCAGACCCAGCCCAAACCGGCUCUGCCUGUCAAGCGCAGCAAGUCAUUGAGAGUGCUAGGUUCCGGUGACCGCUGUAAGCUGUCCAUCCCUCGUGCGCCACCCUGCGAGACAGAUCUGCCCCGUAGACUCAGCCUUGAGUCAAACUACGACGAGAUAAAGGACCUGGUAGAGGGAGAGACUCAGCAGCCACUGGUCGACUAUUUGUCCGUGGACUCCAUUGUCGCGGGUCUGGGGAUACGUGAGAGGAGGAACAGCUUCCGCCAAGCGAUGCGCAAGGAGACUCAAGAGUCCAUGUUGCCCAUGCCCAAAAAACCUGGUCUCUUGCGAAGUUACACUUCAAUAGACAUGCGAUGUGCUCGUGAGAAACCAAACAUAACUUCGACAAAACCCAUCUUACGCCCGAAACCGAAUCUUCAGCUCGAUUCUAAUGACACCAAGAAAACUGCACCAGAUUCUCGACUACAUUUUCAGGUUCAACCUGUCAUGACUGCAGCUAAUCAGUUGUUUUCUACUCCAGGGGAGGAGCCUAAGAAAUCCCAACAGCAGGCUAUCUCUCGAUCAGUAACAAGCCAGUCUAUGAGCUUGAGGUUGGCACCAAGACCUAAAAGAGAAGAUUGUAGAGUUCUCUUGUCCCCCAAUAUGACCCGAUCAGGAAUACUACAUCAACCAGAACAAGUGUACAGCAGUGGGGAUUCUUCAGUAAGUGCUUCUUCAGAUCACGGUUCUUCAAGUAGUAAAGUGUUCCCUCUAACUUCCUCCAGACCAUCAGGUAAACCGAUUCCUUUGAACACAAAAAGUGAAAUCACAGAAACAAAUGUCAAAGACAAAAAUAGAGUACAGCCAUUAAGUCAACACCAGAAUGAUAGGAGUGUUUUCAGUCCUAGAAGUUAUGAUAGUACAAAUUUGGCAAGUAGACAAGAUAUAAGUGGCAGUGGCAUGGGUCAGUCCCUAAGUGUGGUUCCAAAAACACCUCCUGGACGACCAGAGCAAAUUGGAGUGCAGAUGCACAGUAGAAUGAAGUCUUUAGGUGAAAUGAAGAAAAACCCACCUUUACAAAAUGCAAGACCUGUAGUGUAUGACUCUAAAGGCUUGAAUCAAAAUCCCUCUGCAGUAUAUGGAAUUGUACCUAAGGCAUUACCACCCCCUUAUGUUGAACCUGGAAAAAAUGCCCAAAAACCUCGCUCUAGUCCCUUGUCCAGUCAGGAUAAACAGUCAGGAUAUUACGAUGAUGUGUAUGCAAAAACUCAAGAACAAAGACAUGUACAUAUUAUUAGUUCCUCGAGAGAUAUGAUACUCCCGUCUUACUCUUCUAAUACCAAACCUAAUUCAUCCAAUACUGAUGUUAGAUUAAGUUCUCAUGAAUCCAGUGGAGUGAAAUAUCCUAGAAACGUUUCAGAGAAAAUGCAAACAGAACCGGAUUACAAAUUGAAAACUCAGGAAGACCCGAGGUACGCAAGGAAGACCAGGGAUAAAAGAGCAGAUGGACAAGAAUACAGGUUUUUACGUCAAGAAUCUCAGCUGACACGAUGUAGUGGUGAACGCAGAUAUCAAGAUCAGGAAGGAAAUGUAAGGAAUGAGAGAAGCCUUGUAGAACAGGACCAUCACGAGAGCACUCGAGAUUCAGGCCCUAAAAUGCCUAUUGAUAGACGACAUAGAGAAACUAAUCCUUCUUACCAUCCGGACAAGUCUUCCGGUGUCAGGCAAGGUACAGAUAAAAACCUCCAACUCACCCCUCAAGAUCAAGGUUCAAAACGACAAGAAGAAAACUUCAAACACAACAUAUACGAUAUGUAUUACAGAGAUAAGAGGGUGUUCAAUCAAGAGUAUCGCCACAGUCAUCAUGAAUCUACAAAAUCAGGAGAUAAAAGAACAAAGGAACAAGUUAUGAGCUCUAGCUUUCAAGGAUCUUCACAACCAACAAUUGAAAGAGUUAUAGUCGACCAAAAUAGUAAAAGCAGUGCACAGGAAAUGUACGUUUCGCCAGUGGAGAGAAGGUACGCUGCGAAUUAUCAGCCCACCUCACAAGUCCACCCCAAGAACUCUGGUGAUCAAGGUUACCAACACGGCAGACAGGACCAUAGAACGAGUUAUAUGUCCAGAGUGCAGCAAACCCCUCGGACUCCGGCCACGGAACCCUUCAACGGAGACAGGCAUGGAAAUGAAUCUGAAACUUCUGUUUACGGAGUGAAAAUGAGAAGAGGUUCCAGAGACGAUCUGGCCCUCUGUGCCUCUGUACCUUCAAGGGUGAAGCGCCAUGCCAGUGUGGUUCUCCUUCGCCACAGCCUUAUUGAAGGAGCAACUCCCGGCCCUGAUGGUGCUGUCUCCCCCCUCAGUGUCUGGAAUGAGAUGUCAGCUACAGGAGGAGAGCCUCCUUCAAACCAGAUUCCCCCCAUGAGGGAAGACCCAUGGUCCGGAGCUGUAGGAGUGGACCUGGACCAGGUUGCCGCAAGCAUCACGUCACAAAAAGAUGGUAAAAUGAUGAGAGCAGCCUUGGAGGCCUUGCACCUGAGGAAGGCUUCUCAGUCCACACACAAGGCUUCGAGUCAGACUACUCCGACAGUUGAGGGGAGUAAGGGUGCGACCUCGGCCAGUCAGGUGCCACAGCUCACUCCGGAACACAGCAGACCAGGUGUAUUUCGGAAACAGCAGCAAUAUCUGUGAUCAAAAAUAAUUGUUAUAAGAACUUCUACUCACAGUUACUUGCAGAUGGGGAUUACACCAGCUAGACUUCAUUCCUGAGUUCUACAGUUAAUGUCCAUGAUGUCAUCGCCGUGUCGUCGAGUUAAUUAAUCAGCAGUGAGAGCAAUGAGUUCCUCACAACUACGUUCAUGUCCAUGGUGCAAAACAUCUCUUUACACUGUACAGGCGACAGCAGCACCACAUCGUUCCUCACUCAUUCACUAAUUAAUGUCUGUAUAUAGCAUUUAGAGUUAAUUGUUUAUAUAUACUAGAGUGACAAAGUAUUUGUUAAUGUUCAUUAGAGUUCAUUGUUUUUUUCCGAAUGAUAUAUUCAUACAGUAACCUUAAUUAAUUGUUUAUUUGUUACGUUUAAUAAUAUAAAUAUGUUAUAAAUAUUGUACAUUUAGUCAAGUACAAUUGAAACAAGUCUUCCAUUAAAAAAGGUUAUGUAAAAAUGCAAAUUAUAGGCUUUUAUUGACUUGGAGUAAAUACUAUCUGCAUUUAACAAACCAUUUUUGGAAAUAAUUUUUUGAGACAAAGUAUAUUUGUGGUAUAUAAGUACAUGUGCAUUUAUUACAGUCAAUCGUGUACACUAUUUAAGAUGUUCUAUUUACAGAGUUUCCCAGUAUUGAUCUACUACGCCAUAGUAAAAAAAUUAACUCAUCCUGCUAUGUUUUUACUUUUCAAACCGUUAUCAGGUAAAAAAUAUAUUUUUUGCCUGAAAGCCUAUUUUUUAUAAUAAAUAAGUAGAUGUAAUACACAUCUGAGAAAAAAUAAGAAUAUUGUGUAAUAGCUAAAUACCUAGGAGUAAUAUAACUUUCAUUAUUUUUCUUUUUUGCUUUCUUAACUUUCUGAUAUCUACAGAAAAUGCUAUGAAAGAUCUGUAUUUUUGAGCUUUUCUUUUUCUUACCUAAUUUGGUCGACAUUCAGCCAUUUCACUUUUCGCCAUGAACAUUAGUUUGUCCUUCACAAAACAACCGACACUUUUUUUAAUGCGCCAUAGCUCAUAAUGUCUGUCUUCUUCAUAAACUGAACAAAAUUCACAAUAAGUUUUACUACAAAAAAAAGUAGUAGGGACAGCUUAACGUAGCAUCUACCCCACCCAUUCGAAUAUCAGAUGCCUCUUUAACUUACUUUUGAGCUAAUCUCGUGCGUGUUGUAAAAAAUUCACAUUUUUAUAUUCAGCAGUUUUUAUUUUGGCCUCAUUAAAAAAUUGUCCAAAUUUUCUACUUAACCCUGGAGCUGCCGGUCGAUACCAUUGGUACCAAAUCCGUUCUUUCUAAAAUGCCAUCGGUACCAUGCGGUAAUUAAUGUUUUUACUACUCAUUGAAUUUUACUGUAAGUCAGAAUUUUCACAUGAAAUUGUACAGUAUCUCUCAGAUCAGCUUACUAGUAU